AUGCUCCGAGUUCUCAAUGUCAGACGCUCCAUCCACUCCCUCAUCCGCCCCCUUAAACCUUCGGUCACCACCUCCAAUGCCGUCCACCGCCAAUUUUCCUCACUCUCCAACCCACCGCCACCCUCCUCUUCCACCGAUGCGGAGCUUCGUAAAUACCUAGGUUACACCCUUCUCCUCCUUGGCUGCGGUGCUGCUACCUACUAUUCCUUCCCAUUCCCCGAAGAUGCGAAGCACAAGAAGGCCCAGCUCUUCCGCUACGCCCCGCUUCCGCCGGACCUGCACACAGUCUCCAAUUGGAGCGGUACCCAUGAAGUUCAGACGCGUACCUUCAUCCAGCCUGAAACCCUCGAAGAGCUUGAAUCUGUAGUUAAAGAUUGUAACCAAAAUAAGCAAAAGAUACGGCCUGUGGGGUCGGGCUUGUCCCCAAAUGGCAUUGGGCUGACGCGCGCAGGGAUGGUCAAUUUGGCUUUAAUGGAUGGGGUUUUGGAGGUGGAUAAAGAAAAGAAAAGGGUGAGGGUUCAGGCUGGGAUUAGGGUCCAGCAACUUGUGGAUGGGAUUAAAGAGUAUGGGAUUACAUUGCAAAAUUUUGCAUCUAUAAGGGAGCAGCAGAUUGGUGGUAUAGUUCAGAUUGGUGCCCAUGGCACUGGUGCAGGGCUACCUCCUAUUGAUGAGCAGGUCAUCAGCAUGAAAUUAGUUACUCCUGCUAAGGGUACUAUUGAGAUUUCUGAAGAGAAAAAUCCAGCACUUUUUUAUCUGGCUCGCUGUGGUCUUGGAGGACUUGGUGUAGUUGCAGAAGUCACUCUGCAAUGUGUCGAGAGGCUGGAGCUCGUAGAGCACACAUUUGUAUCAAACCUGAAAGAGAUAAAAAAGAAUCACAAAAAACUUCUAUCUGAGAACAAACACGUGAAGUACUUGUAUAUUCCGUACACUGACACAGUUGUGGUUGUGACGUGUAAUCCUCUUUCAACAUGGAAUGGUCCACCAAAGUUCAAACCGAAAUAUACUCAAGAAGAAGCUAUAGAGCAUGUCAGGGAUCUCUAUCGCAAUUCACUGAGGAAUUAUAGGAAAGAAGCAGUUACAGAUAAUAUUCCCGGAGAAAAUGAGCCCAACAUAAAUGAACUUUCAUUUAUGGAAAUGAGAGAUAAGCUACUUGACUUGGAUCCUCUCAAUAAAGACUAUGUGAUGAAGGUCAAUCAAGCAGAGGCUGAGUUCUGGAGAAAGUCGGAAGGAUACAGAGUAGGCUGGAGUGAUGAAAUUUUGGGCUUUGAUUGUGGUGGCCAACAAUGGGUUUCAGAAAUUUGUUUUCCAGUUGGAACCCUAUCUAAACCAAGCAUGAAAGACCUGGAGUAUAUUGAGGAAUUGAUGCAACUCAUUGAGAAAGAAAAUAUACCUGCUCCUGCACCUAUUGAACAGAGAUGGACAGCAUGCAGCAAAAGCCUCAUGAGCCCAGCUUAUAGCUCGUCCGAAGAUGACAUAUUUUCUUGGGUCGGUAUAAUUAUGUAUCUUCCUACAAUGGAUGCUCGCCAGAGGAAAGAAAUUACAGAAGAUUUCUUUCACUACAGGCGUUUGACGCAAACAAAUUUAUGGGAUAAAUAUUCAGCUUAUGAACACUGGGCUAAAAUUGAGGUUCCGAAGGACAAAGAUGAACUUGCAGCUCUGCAGGCAAGGCUAAAGAAGAGAUUUCCCGUGGAUUCGUACAACCAAGCACGAAAGGAUCUGGACCCCAACCACAUUCUUUCUAACAAUGUGCUGGAGAAACUGUUUCCUCUUUCUGAUACAGUUCAAUAA